AUGCCAAAUGAAUGCACUGACCUCUACCACCGACUCCAACUCCGCCGCAACCCCGACGGCACCUUCACUCGCAAACACGACGUUUUUCCACGCACUCCACCCUCUUCAGACCCCUCUCUUCCCAUUCCAGUUCUCACCAAAGACAUCACCAUCAACCAACAAAACAACACCUGGCUACGCUUAUUCCUACCUCGAGUAGCACUUUCCUCUUCCAACCCUAACCCUAAGAAGUUACCUCUUAUCCUUUUCUUUCACGGAAGCGGCUUCGUUAUACUCAGUGCAGCUACCACCUUGUUCCACGAUUUCUGCGUCGAAAUGGCAAACACCGCUGAGGCUAUCGUGGCCUCCGUCGACUACCGCCUGGCGCCAGAGCACCGGCUUCCGGCGGCGUACGACGAUGCGGUGGAGGCGCUGCGGUGGAUCGGAAAGAGCGAAGACGAGUGGUUGAGGCAUUAUGCGGAUUAUUCAAUGUGUUAUGUUAUGGGGAGUAGCGCUGGGGCCACAAUCGCUUACCAUGCAGAGGAACGAGUGGAGCUUAAGGAAGACGAAGAGAAGAUGGGGGACAUAAAGAGAAAAAUAGACAUUUCAAAGCUAAAUAUAAGAGGACUGAGUCUGGCACUGCCUAUUGGUGCAGAUCGUGACCAUGAAUAUUGCAAUGUAAGAGCUGGGAAUGGAGUAGAGAAAAUGAGGAAGAUAAGAGAGGUUGGAUGGAGGGUAUUGAUGAGUGGCACUGGUGGAGACAUACUUGAGGAUCGUGAGAAGGAGUUGGCACAAUUAAUGGAAGAAGAAGGGGUGCAAGUGGUGAAGGACUUCCAUGGAAUAGAGCUUAUUGAUAUUAAAGAAGACAAUCGUUAA